AUGGCCGACGCCACUGUCUCUGAGCCCGUCCCUGUGCCUGAUUUCAGCAAGGACCCAGGGCUUCCCGAGAAGGUGACCACGAUCCCCCUCCCCGCGGAUGAUGCAUCGCCAACUGCCUCGCCGGAUCAGAACGGACAUGCUGAUCGUGAUAUCAAAUCGACAGGCAUCAAUGGCAGUACCGCGAAUGGUCAUAACAAUGGCUCCCUGAGGCACAGAAUAAAUGGUGGCGCCAAGUCAUAUGCCGCCGCCGUAGCUGAUGAGGACUCGGACUUGGGCUCUGACGAUUUCCCAAGCAGCGCUCAUCAUAAUGGCCCCAUGAAGAUGCCUCCCCCGGGCGAGGCAAGCUACCCAGACUAUGAGCAGGAAGCUUGGCAGGCUGGGGGCAUUCGAUUUGCGCCGAUCAAGAUCCCCUUCAUUCGACGAAUGCAGACUGCUGCUGUGCUCUUCCACUGCAUGUCCAUUGUAUCAUUUGUAUCCGUCUUCUGGUUCACUUGCGCAAACCCUCUGGCUUGGCCCAUUCUCCUCCCAUAUCUCAUCCAUCUCUCUGUUUCUACUGCUGCCUCGAAUGGCCGCUUAUCUUUCCGCUCCGAGUAUUUGAGGUCUCUUCCGUUGUGGAGGCUGUUCGCGAGCUACUUUCCAAUGAAGCUUCACAGGACGCAUAGCCUGUCGCCCAAGAAGAAAUAUAUCCUUGGGUAUCAUCCACACGGCAUCAUCUCCCAUGGAGCUUUUUGCGCUUUCGCUACCAAUGCCUUGGGGUUUGCGCAAAAGUUCCCCGGCAUCACCAAUACCUUACUAACGCUGGAAUCCAACUUCAAACUUCCAUUCUACCGGGACUGGAUCCUGGCCUUGGGCAUGGGCUCCGUGUCAAGAGAAUCCAUCACUAACCUACUUACCACGGGUGGCCCAAAUAACGACGGUACAGGCCGCGCUGUGACGAUUGUCAUUGGCGGAGCUCGCGAGUCGCUCGAGGCUCAGCCAGGGACUCUACGACUUGUUCUUCACAACCGCAAGGGCUUCGUCAAGAUGGCGCUGCGCACCGGCGCGGACCUCGUCCCCGUGGUGGGUUUCGGGGAGACCGAUUUGUACGAUCAGCUCAGCCCGAAGACACACCCAAUGGUCCACAAGUUCCAGAUGGUCAUCUUGAAGGUCUUCAAAUUUACGUUGCCUGCUCUACACGGCCGGGGUGUUCUCAACUACGAUAUUGGACUGAUGCCCUAUCGACGACCAGUCAAUAUCGUUGUCGGAAAGCCCAUUGAAGUCGGCCAAGCCUAUGGUGCCCAACCUCCACAGGAAGAGAUUGAUCGCCUUCACGAGCUUUAUAUCCAGGAAGUGGAAAGGUUAUGGGACGCAUACAAGGACAAGUUUGCGCCUAGUCGAAGUUCCGAACUUGAAAUCAUUCAUUAG